AUGUUCACGGAUGGGCUAGAUCGCGACGCCCUCAAGUGGGUGCGAGAGGGCCAGGGAGCGGCGGCGCUGCAUAGCCACGACCGGAUGGACGCGCUCCGUGCCGUGCGCGGCGCGGCCGGCCGCGGCGGGCUUGGCAUGCCGACGCCGGAGAAGUUCCGGAGCGGCCACAUGCCGCGCGGCGCGACGGUGCCGCUGUCACGCUCCUCGCUGCGCAGCGACGACGGCAACGCCGCCUCGGGAUCCGACAUGGACGAGUCGUCGGACAACGAUGAGAUUGAGGUCUGCAGCGGCAGUCACUCGGUCGACUCGUCACCCCGCCGCGACGACGUGGCCCGACGCACGGCCGUGCCCCUCUACCGCUACGCCACCAUGCCUGGGCAGCAGAACUACUACUCUACUGAUGAUGGUUACUCGGACUUAAGCUCUUCUCGAGACACAGCACUGCCAAGAGCUAACGCACAGCCGAUGGGGCGGCCCCAGGCACGGGUUGUUGAGUAUGCUGAUGAGGAGUACUCGGACUCUCCAGGCACCUCCGAAUUUUCUAGCCAGGUGGAAGGGCAGAGCAAUGGUGUGACCUCCAAGGGUGGGUAUGCAUCAGAGUACUCCCAUACUGGUCCAGCCCGAAGAGAAGUGAACAAUUUGGUUCCUAAGAAUCGUGCAGCAGCUGCAGAGAGGAUGCGAUACCAACAUGACAGCCAUUCUGCUCAUGUCCCCACUCGAGAGGAUGUGAAAUCAACACGUAAAUUGAAUGGGUUGUCUGAUGUUCCCAGCGCACCGCCAAUAAAUGAUUAUGACCAGGACCAUCAUCCGGUUACUCAUGAUGAUACUCGGCCUUGUGACAAUUCAAAUUUCACCAAUGGCUUAUCUGCCAAAAAAGAUCACCAAGAAGUCAAUGGAGGAGCUAACUUAGCUGACAAAAAUGACAGGAGCACUUCGAAUGCAGGACCCACAAGCAAGCCAUCUAGCUCGAUUCCUGUUCGAGUCCCAACCUUUCAUGCCAGUCUGCAAGGGCCCUGGUAUUCUGUACUUGCUUAUGAUGCUUGCGUCCGCCUUUGCCUUCAUGCAUGGGCUAGAGGCUGUAUGGAAGCUCCUGUUUUUCUGGAAAAUGAAUGCACGCUCUUGAGAAAUACAUUCAGCUUGCAAAAUGUCUUGUUACAAUCGGAAGAGGAGCUUAUGUCGAAGCGCGCAUCAGAGCUAGUUAGCGAAGGGGCUGCAUCAAAGCCCAAGAAAACAAUAGGCAAAAUGAAGGUUCAAGUUCGCAAAGUUCGGAUGUCUGUAGAUAUGCCUUCUGGUUGCAACUUUUCAUCUCUGCCAAUGGUGAAAUUGGAUUCUGUCCGGUACCGUUUAUCCAAUGUACAAUCCACACUUUCAUCAGGAUGGGAGUCUGUACGUAGAGUUCGAGUUCUACCACAGCUUCCUGCUAACAGUUCGUUCUCAAAGCACAGCUUAGCAUACAUGCAAGCAAGUGCUCAGUAUAUCAAGCAGGUAUCCGGCCUGUUAAAGGUCGGUGUAACUACUCUGCGGAGCAGUUCAGCAUAUGAAGCACCACAAGAAACAUACUCCUGCCAGUUGAGGCUUAAAAGUUCACCUGAAGAUGAUGUGGUACCUAUGCAGCCAGGAUCUGGUGAAACACAUGUCUUCUUUCCUGAUAGCCUGGGAGAUGAUUUGAUCAUCGAUGUGUCUGAUUCAAAGGGAAAGUCCUGUGGUCGUGUUGUUGCCCAAGUUGCUACAAUGGCUGAGGAUCCUGCUGACAAGCUACGCUGGUGGUCAAUAUUCCGGGAACCUGAGCAUGAACUUGUGGGUCGUAUACAGCUAUAUAUCCACUAUACAACUGCUGCGGAUGAGAACAAUAUGAAGUAUGGUUCUGUUGCAGAAACUGUAGCGUAUGAUAUUGUUUUGGAAGUUGCAAUGAAAGCGCAACACAUUCAACAACGGAACCUUGUGGUGCAUGGCUCCUGGAAAUGGUUAUUAACAGAAUUUGCAUUGUAUUAUGGGGUUUCAGAUGCCUACACGAGGUUGAGGUACCUCUCUUAUAUCAUGGAUGUUGCAACUCCUACUGCUGAUUGGCUCAAUCUGGUUCAUGAACUUUUGUUACCUAUACUAAUGAAAAACCAUGGUACUGCUACUUUGAGCCACCAAGAGAACCGAAUACUGGGGGAAGUUGAGGAGCAAAUUGAGCAAACUCUAGCUAUGGUUUUUGAGAAUUACAAGUCGCUAGAUGACUCUAUACUGUUGGGUUUGGUGGAAGAUUUUAGGCCUCCAACUGGAUUGGCUGCUGCUGCUCUGGAACCAGCUAUUAAGCUGUACAGUCUUCUACAUGACGUCCUAUCUCCGGAAGCUCAACUAAGAUUGUGUGGUUACUUCCAGGCAGCUGCCAGGAAGCGCUCGAGGCGCUACAUGCUUGAAACUGAUGAGUAUGUAUCGGGAAAUUCAGAAGGUAUCAGGGUGGACUUGGUAACUGUUACCACGGCUUACCAGAAGAUGAAGUCAUUAUGCAACAAUCUGCGCAAUGAAAUUUUUACUGAUAUUGAAAUUCAUAAUCAGCACAUACUUCCCAGCUUUGUUGAUCUGCCAAAUUUAGCUGCCUCCAUCUAUAGUGUAGAGCUCUCAAAUCGACUACGUGCUUUUCUUGUUGCUUGCCCUCCUGCUGGUCCAGCAUCACCUGUUGCUGAUUUGGUGGUUGCUACAGCUGAUUUUCAGAAGGAUCUGUCUAGCUGGAAUAUCUGCACUAUAAAAGCAGGCGUUGAUGCAAAAGAGCUGUUCCAUUUGUACAUUGUAUUGUGGAUUGAAGACAAACGCAGGAUGUUACUGGAAAAUUGCAGACUGGACAAGGUCAAAUGGUCAGGAGUUAGGACCCAGCAUAUGACAACACCUUUUGUGGAUGAGAUGUAUGAUUUGCUAAAGAAGACAUUGACAGAGUAUGAAGUUAUCAUUUGCCGAUGGCCAGAAUACAUAUUUGUUCUUGAGAAUGCCAUUGCGGAUGUUGAGAAAGCGGUUAUAGAGUCUCUGGAAAAACAGUAUGCAGAUGUUUUGGCUCCACUGAAGGAUUGUAUUGCACCAAAGAAAUUCGGCCUCAAAGUUGUCCAGAAACUCACAAAGCGCAAUUCAACUGUGCCCUAUACUGUACCUGAAGAUCUUGGCAUUCUCUUGAAUACAUUGAAAAGACUACUAGAGGUUUUGCGACCUCGAAUUGAGAGUCACUUGAAGUCAUGGAGUUCUUGUAUACCAAAUGGAGGAAAUUCUGCGGCCAUUGGAGAAAAACUUAGUGAAGUUACAGUGACAUUGAGAGCUAAAUUCCGAAAUUAUAUGCAAGCAGUUGUCGAGAAGCUUUCGGAGAAUACCCGUAUGCAAAAUACCACAAAGCUCAAAAAGAUCAUUCAGGAUUCAAAAGAGUUGGUGAUGGAAUCUGAUAUCCGCAGCAGGAUGCAGGCCUUGAAGGAUCAGCUAAUUGAGGCAAUAAAUCAUGUGCACAAAGUCUCUGAAGUACAUGUUUUUGUAGCCAUAUGCCGAGGUUUCUGGGACCGGAUGGGACAGGAUGUGCUGAGUUUCCUGGAGAAUCGCAAAGAAAAUAAAGCCUGGUAUAAAGGUGCACGAGUCGCAAUCUCAGUCUUGGAUGAUACUUUUGCAACCCAGCUGCAACAGCUGCUAGGUAAUACAGUCCCACCGAAGGAACUAGAGCCACCCAGAUCUAUCGUGGAAGUUCGCUCUAUUCUCUGCAAAGAUGCACCCCGCCAGAAGAAUUCUAGUUUCUAUUAUUGA